UCUGAUAAGUGUGAGGUGGGUGAGCAUCUCUCCCAUAGCUCAGUCUCUCGGGCUCGAGCUGCCUGCCUCCCUCGUCCUGCCACCGCUGCCACCACCAGGUCCCCAAAAAUAGAGGAAAUAAAAGAAUUCUUGCUCACGGCCAGACGAAAGGAUGCCAAAUCUGUCAAGAUCAAGAAAAACAAGGACAAUGUGAAGUUUAAGGUUUGCUGCAGCAGGUACCUGUACACCUUGGUCAUCACAGACAAAGAGAAGGCAGAGAAACUUAAACAGUCCUUCUCUCCUGGUUUGGCUGUGAAGGAGCCGAAGUGA